AUGGGGCUUGGAUGGAGAAACCACGUCGGAUCACUUCCCGUGAAAGAUCAGGGUGUAUCAGAAAGAGCAAGAACUGAUGAAGAUCGUCUAAUCAACGGCUUAAAAUGGAACUACGACUACUUUGAUCAUGAUCGUCACACAGAUAUUCAUGUUCAAAUUGUUCCAGAGCUUCACAAAGAAGAAGAAAAAUCGGAGAAAGAUUUGUUGGUUGUUGUUCCUGAUGAACAUUCUGAAACUGGUGAUUAUCAUCUCAGUGAAGAUUAUUCAGACAGUUCGGAUAAUCGUUGGUUUUUGAGAAACAAACAUGACAAACCAAAACGGCGUCGUAUCCAGAUCUCGAGCGAUGAUGAAUCAGAGGGGUUUACAAGAGAGGUUCCUUCAGUGACAAGAGGAGGUUCCAAGAGACGAAAAAGAAGAAGAGACGAGAUGAGUAACAAGAUGCUUACACUACAGCAACUUGUACCUAAUUGUCACAAGACGGACAAGGUUUCGGUUCUCGAUAAGGCAAUUGAGUAUAUGAAAAAUCUUCAACUUCAACUCCAGGUGAUGUCAGCGAUGGGAACGAAUCCUUAUAUUCCUCCGGCGACAUUAAACUUUGGAAUGUAUAACCAUCACCUGUUGACGGCGAUGGCUAUGGCUCACGGUCUAAAUCCGGCGAAUCAAAUGGUGUUGCCACCAUUAAUUCCCCCGUCAAAUUGGCCGUUACCGCCGUUUACCAGUCUUUCAUUCCCACACUCAUCAUCUUCUCCUCAACCUCUUUAUGGUCUGGUUCCUUGUUUCCCAAGUUUCCUCGAUUUUUCGGGAAGACUAUGA